AUGAAGAUCCUCCUCAUCGUCACUCUCUACCUGAUCUCAGGUCCAGUAGACUGUUCUGAUGUGAUUGGUUACUCAGGAGGAAGUGUCACUAUAAUUUCUAACAUAAACUGGUAUGCACACAAUAGUAAAUAUAUUUGUAAGAUGGAAGGAAACGACUGCACUGAUAAAAUACGUGCUGAUACCAAACGCAGCAAAGUUCAAGAUGGAAGAUUCAUGUUGUAUAAAAAUGCAAAUGAUUAUUUCUUAGUAUUGAUCAGAAAGUUGAAGCCACAGGAUGCUGGAACAUACAGAUUUGGAUUGGGGAAUCAGAGUAACUCCACUGUGAACCUAAAAGUUCUGAAUAAUGCAGCUUGUGGGGUGCCAAAAAUAAUGAACGCUUAUCUUGGCCAGAAUAUCACCAUCACCUGUAACUAUCCAGGGGAGUAUGAGAGAAUCGACAAAUAUAUCAGCACAGUGGAUGAUGACAAUUUUGUUCAAAGCAUUCUGGACACUAACACAAACCUGAAGAACGGCAGAUUCUCCAUUUCUGAUGACAGAAAUGCAAAAGUUCUCAGUGUGAACAUCAGCGACGUGAGAGAAACUGAUGAAGUAUUUUAUUUACUUGGCGUGUGGAUUGGAGACGGGUCAGUCGGAUAUUACUCCUACUUUAUCGAGAUGUGGCUACAUGUUACAGGAGUGAGCGCAACCGUUCAACCAGUAACAGGCACCUACACGAUGACAUCAGCAGCACCGACAGAAACUCCAGUGUGUUUCAGUUCCACUGCCAUCAUCAUCAGUGUGUGUGUCAGUGUGUGCGUGUGUCUGCUGCUGAUUGGAGGAUUUGCACUGGUGAUCUACAAACUGAGACAAAAGAGAACACAAGAUUAUGUGCCUUCAUCCAAGAGGAAUGAAAAUAAACAAGUUCCUUCUGUUUCUGAGAAUGUCAUGGCUAGUGUACCCCCAUGUGAAAACUUGAACAUCAUCAUGAGAUUGAAUCAUCAGAAACCAGAAUCAUUUACAGGCCAAUCAGAUUCAACAUACCAAACACUGGACCCCCUCACCAUCCAGUCUGAUUCAGACUACACGUCCCUGAUUAACACCACUGAACAACUACCAAUGUCUUCUCACUACCAAUGCCUGAAUCCUAGAACUCGGACUAACUCGGUUUACCACACCCUUCAUUCUUAAUGCUUACUUUUUCAUUUAUUAAUUUUGUUGUGACGUGAGAUGAAUGAUUAAAAAAAAGUUAACUGUUGGAAAAUUGCUAUGAUAUAAGUUUGGACAUGUUGUUAUUGGAAAAUGAUCACCUCAGGGUGGGAAUACAUAGUUUUCACUGACGUCAUGGCAUUCCGGGGAACGCCCU